GUAAUGCAGCUGGGAGUUGGAACCAAUGCAAAAUGGCAGAUUGUGGGAGCAGCAUGCAUAACACGACCUCCAAUUGUCUGCCCUCCAAUGAAACCUAUUGAGCAACAAUAUUCUGAGGGUAAUAAAUAUUGUACUGAAAGUGCUGAUGAUACUAGUGAUCUUGGCAGCCUUAAUCGUUCUCAGGAGAGAUCAUUGUUACUUGUUGUCAAGCAAAAAUUAGGAAGCAGUUAUGAAUGGAGUCUACCUCAAACACCUUGGUUACCAGGAGAGACUUUAAGACAGACUUGUGAACGAGUUGUUAAAGAAAGAUGUGGAGACUCUCUUAAAGUGAAGUUCCUUGGUAAUGCACCCUGUGGAUUCUACAAAUACAAAUAUCCAAAAAAUGUUCGUGCAAAUGGAUUUAUUGGUGCUAAGGUUUUCUUCUACAAGGCUCAAGUGAUAGACAAUAAUGGGGCAGUAAAUCCAGGUGAAGACAUUGCUGAGUAUCAGUGGUUGUCACAAAAUGAAUUAGAUGAUAAGUUCAGGCGUUCAUAUGCAAAAUCUGUCUCUCAAUUUUUGGUGUCAGAUCAGUAAGUGUCAAGUUACUAUAAUUUUUUGUAAAAUCACAUUUUGAAGAUAUGUACUACAUAAUGCAUUUAAUUGUCUGAUUUCAUGGUCUGGCAUAUGGUACAGUAUCUGUGGCAUGUAAAUAUAUGAAUGAUUUUCUAAUUAAAGAAUUGUUUUAAAUAA